GAAAAUGGUGGUGAAAGUGUAUGGUCCAGCAUAUGCAGCUUGCCCACAAAGGGUUUUAACCUGUCUUCUUGAAUUAGGGUUUGAGUAUGAGCUUAUCCCAAUUGAUCUUCAUUCUGGGGAGCAAAAGAAGCCACCUUUCCUACUAAGACAGCCAUUUGGGCAAGUGCCUGCCAUAGAGGAUGGUGAUUUCAGGCUUUUUGAAUCUAGGGCAAUCAUCAGGUACUACGCAGCAAAAUGCGCCAGUGAUGGAGGAACCAAUCUCUUGGGCGACACACUGGAAGAGAGAGCCAUAGUGGACCAAUGGCUGGAAGUAGAAGUCAACAACUACAAUUCUUUAAUUUACACUUUGGUCCUCCAACUUCUAGUUUUGCCUCGAAUGGGCCUGGGGGGUGACAUGGAAUUAGUCCGUGACUGCAAGGGUAAAUUGGAGAAAGUGCUGGACGUGUACGAGGAGAGGCUGGCAAGUAGCAAGUACUUGGCUGGGGAGAGGUUCACCAUAGCUGAUCUGAGCCACUUGCCGAACACAAGGUUUCUGAUGGAUGAAGGAGGAAUGGAGCAUUUGAUGAAAGGGAGGAAGAGUGUGUAUCGUUGGUGGAUGGACAUUUCCAGCCGUCCAUCUUGGAAGAAAGUGAUGGAGCUCCGAAAUUGAUCCGACCACUUCGGGUCGAAUCGGAUUUUUUUAUUUUGAAUCAUAUAA